UUAAAAUGUACGUGGGUGUCAAAAACAGGUUCUGUUGUCAAGAUGGAACACAUCAAUCGAUGUUUUCGAAAGUGGAAGAGUCCGGACGAUUCUACGAUCAAAAUAUUCUACUAAAUUGUAAUUACAAACGAUUUGUUUACCUUCUAAACAAAUAAAACGUUGUUGUUUAUCAUUCUCGAAUGAUAUUUAUACACACAACCCGGACGAUAUUAUCCUCCACCUGUUAUCAAUAUUUCCGUACCGUGGUUAGGUUAUAAUGUGAAUUUGAAACGAUCAGAGAAAACGUCAAAAUGCGAAAUUCUUUCACGGUUUUAUCCACCGAUUGUCUAUCAACAAAAAUUCGGUGGAGGAUGUGAAAUUUCAAGAGUACUACAAUGAAAUCCGUGUACAAAUUGUUUUUCCUGUGCCUUAUCUUCGUUGCCCUGAUAAUACUGCUCAAUUUGACUAAUUUUUCGAAUAAAAUCUACGAUGGACAGACCAAAGAGGCUGCCGUUGUUUCAACCACUGCCAAAAAAGCAGCAUCAUCUCUUGCAACAGUGGAAGUGACAAUAUGUGUUGUAGUUUGUGGAGACAGAUUGGAUGAAGCGCUGACAAUGCUAAAAUCAGCUCUGGUUUUCACAAGCAGACAUCUGCAGUUCAUUGUUUUAGCUGAGAACAAACUAAUCCCUGCAUUCAAUGAGAAACUAGCUGAAUGGAAACAAUUAUUGAACAAAACUUUCAAUUAUACGGUGAAACCGAUUACUUUUCCCAAAGGAAGCGAUGCAGCUAUGUGGAAGAAACUAUUCAAACCUUGCGCAGCUCAAAGAUUGUUUCUACCAUUAGUUUUAAAUGACACGGAUGCUGUUCUCUAUGUCGACACAGAUACGUUAUUUUUGGCUCCACCAGAAAAGAUCUGGGACGAAUUUAAAAAGAUGAAUUCGAGUCAGUUGGCAGCUUUGAGCCCGGAGCAUGAAGAUCCUAACACAGGAUGGUACAACAGAUUCGCGAAACAUCCGUAUUAUGGAAAAUUAGGUGUAAACUCGGGAGUGAUGUUAAUGAAUUUGACAAGGAUGCGAGAGUUUAGAUGGAUAGAUUAUGUAAUACCUAUCCAUAAGGAAUACAAACUGAAGAUAACAUGGGGAGAUCAAGAUAUAAUUAAUAUUAUAUUUCAUUACCAUCCAGAGAAACUUUACGUGUACUCUUGCAGAUACAAUUACAGGCCAGAUCACUGCAUGUACAUGCCUGUUUGUACCAAGGCAGAAAAGGAAGGAGCUCUGGUAUUACACGGAUCUAGAGGAACAUUUCAUUCGCAAAAGCAACCACCGUUUAAAGCUAUUUAUAAAGCUAUGCAAGAGUACCAACUGAACACAGACCCGUACGAUUAUUUAUUGAUGCCAAUGCAAAACUACUUAGCUUUGGAACACAGGUCAAACUGUGGCAAAGUAUGGAAAGUAUUUAUUAUACAACCGGAACUACAUUUAAGACAACAGUAAUACUUAAAUGUCUUCAUCGAUAAGAGCAAUAAUGCGUAGAACAUAGCCAUUCCGAAUGAAUAUUUCUAUCAUUACCAUCUAAGCAUUUCUGAAUUCCAUGGCAAUAUUUAACAUAGUAACGAGUAAUAUAAACGAAGACAAUUUAGGAUAAACAGUUCUACACAUUAAUGUAAAUCCACUCAACAGACUGACCGUAUUCAAUAGUGCAUUCUCAUUUUAUUUGUUAACAAGUGCGCUGUGAUUGUUAUUGUUUAACAUAUGUAAUGCGUCCCAUAUGCCAUUACACUUUUUAUCUAAGAUCUUCUGACAAUACUCGUCCGAUAGAUUUAGAAUAUCGAAUCUCGAAGUCUUCUUAUACUUAGCAAGUAUUAUUCUAUACAAUUUAGAUUACUUUUUGAACAUAUUUACCGUUGUUACGCGAAACACGAUGUUCGGAAUCUCAACAAAAUUGUAUAUAAAUUUUAUUUGCACUUUGUACGCUAAACGUUUUAUAUGGGGUUGGGUAUAUAACUCAUGGUAC